AGUCCAACUUCAGCUGUUCGUUCAAGAUGUCAUACCAAAUCGGAGCGGUCUCUAUACUCGCCCUCGUCCUGUUGGCGUUAUCCUUUUCGGAGGCAAGUCUACGCCGUCGGGCCUUCACCUCAGAAACAUCCGAAGCCGCGAAUAAAUUUAGCUCCCGAAUCAUCGGAGGAGUAGAGUCCGAUGUCCUGGCGGCACCCUAUCUAGUAUCGGUACAAAACGCUUAUGGUAACCACUUUUGUGCUGGCGCCAUCAUCCACGAUCAGUGGAUCCUAACCGCGGCUAGUUGCUUAGCUGGAUUGCAAAAAAACAACGUGAAGGUGGUGACCACCACUUAUAAUAACUGGGGAUCGGCGGGCUGGAUAUACUCCGUGGAGGAUAUCGUCAUGCACUGCAACUUCGACAGCCCCAUGUACCAUAAUGACAUUGCCUUGAUCAAGACACAUACACUAUUCGAUUACGAUGAUGUGACCCAGAAUAUCACAAUCGCUCCGUUGGAGGAUUUGAUAGAUGGUGAAAAGCUAACCAUAUACGGAUACGGCAGCACGGAUAUCGGAGGAGAUUUCUCAUGGGAGCUGCGGCAGUUGGAUGUGACCUAUGUCGCCCCGGAAAAGUGCAAUGCCACCUACGGCGGUACUCCAGAUCUGGAUGUGGGUCAUCUUUGUGCCGUGGGAAAGGUGGGAGCCGGAGCCUGUCAUGGGGAUACCGGAGGACCCAUCGUGGACAGUCGUGGUCGCUUGGUGGGCGUUGGUAACUGGGGCGUUCCCUGCGGCUAUGGAUUCCCCGAUGUUUUCGCCCGCAUUAGCUUUUACUACAGCUGGAUUAUAUCCACGAUUAACGGAUGUGCUAUUUCCUAAUUGCAAGUAGUCAUAUCAAUUAUUUUUGUCCUGGAAAGAUACCUUUAUUCAAUAAAAUACUGUAAAAAUUGUGGUCCGCUUUUCAGUAUCGCCAGACGAAUAUUUUUAUUAUGCCUAUCUUAUUACGGAUGUUCCAAAAGAUACAUUGUCUCCUAAAUUAUGUCAAAGUCCAAAAUCCAGUAUGUGAAACAAUUGAUUAACUUGAAAUCUUGAUAAUCCCUACCUCCAGACGUCUACCAAUUGUUGUAAUUGCGGGUGAUAAGUGAAACGUCAAAACUUCAUUGAAGCCAUAAAAAUCAACUGGUUUUUCAUAAACAAUAUAAUACACUACCAAACCUUGACACACCGAA